AACCACGAGUUCACGGACGAGAUGACGUACAGCGAGCUGUGUAUGACCGAGUCGGUGGGCUUCAGAACCAGCCGAAGCACGUCUCUGUCCAGCCAGCAGGGGGCGCAGAACAACUCCACAGGCUGCUGUCCCCGCCGCGCCCGCAGGAGAGCUGCCAUGCGAUUGGCUAACUCCAUCGUGUCCGUCAGCCGGGGGAGUGUCCAGGAACUGGACACCCUGCAAGUCAAGACCACCUCCAUCCCACCACAGAAUCGUUCCAGCCUGAACGCGCAGCCUGAAGACCUGAAGCUGAACUGCGGGGAGCAGGAUUUCACCGCCGCCAUCAUCAGCAUCCCCACGCCGCCCGCCAACACGCCGGACGAAAGUCUGCCGCCGUCGCCUGCUCCCAUCCCCGGCAUCCUGCGCAACACCCGGGCCACAGCCUUCACCCACGAAACCGUCAAGAUCUCCUCCUUAUAACCUCCGACCUCAUCCCCCGACAUCCCCGACCCCUCAGACCCCUAGACCCACCAGGAACCGUCUGAACGAGCUCCGCUGAACCUGGGAUCCUGGACCUGAGGCCCUGCUGGUCUUCUAUGGAUCCCUGGAGUUCUGUGGGUCACCGGAAAGACAAGCAGGAAGGUUCUGCAGCCAUGUCUAUUUUAACC